AUGGCACAGACACCUGUCAGCCUUAGGGUCACACUUCCCGGGAAGCAAAAUUUUGUUGGCGGAUCUGGAUUUGUUCAAGUAUUUCAGACCCAAGCGCGUUCAGAUGCUCAAAACGUUGAACAAAGGCCACAGAACAUGAAGACGAUAACAACUAUCCGUCCAUUUGUCCCAGCAGUCUCUGGUAUGGCCAUAAACACUAAUACUGCUGUACAAUAUGUGAGAAAUACUGCAGAAAUACCAGUCCUCGGUGCUCCUGGCGCUUUUGUUGCGGCUCCAAUGAAUCGAACGUUCACCCCAUUUGUUAAUCCAGUCAUGAAUUUAAAUCCUGGCUUGAUUACAUCUCUUCCUGGUGGCCCUGUAGGCGGACAGGGGCAAUUAGGUGGUCCCCUCUCCAGCCUAGCGAAUUCACGCAAACCUUGUAAUUGCACGAAGUCACACUGCCUUAAAUUGUACUGUGAGUGCUUUGCACAAGGUCAACUUUGUCAGAACUGUAAUUGCCACAACUGCAUGAAUAACCUAGCUUAUGAAGAAGAACGGGGGAGAGCUAUUAAAAUGACUUUGGAACGAAACCCUACUGCAUUUCAUCCGAAAAUUGGUCGUGGUGAAGGUGAAAGAAAGCAUACUAAAGGAUGUAACUGCAAGCGUUCGGGGUGUUUGAAAAACUAUUGUGAAUGUUAUGAAGCAAAGAUAAGCUGCUCAGAUCUGUGUCGCUGUCAAGGUUGUCGCAAUACCGAGGAUAGCGUAGAGAGGCGCUCCCUUAUGCGUUUGGCUGCAAUGGGAGUCUUGAGGUCAAGACAGCCUUCUUCCUUCAAAAAACACUUACUAAAACCUGUAUCGGAAACGUUGCCGCACGUAUUCUUCACUUGGGAAGUGAUUGAGGCAACAGCUACUUGUAUAAUGGCCCAGGCUGAAGAAAUAGAUCGUCGUGAUGUACCUCCAGCGGCAAAUGAGCGAAUACUUCUGGAAGAAUUUGGACGCCUUAUUGAUCGUGUGGUGGAAGCGUCUGUCAAAGUUCAUAUACAUCCGUCGAGUGGCAUCCACACCUCGGCUUCGAUCGACGAUAAUGAACAAGGUCUGACACAUAGUGGGGGGUCAACUGGUCCUGGAAGUCUAGGUGGUAAGGGUAGUGGAGCAGUUGGAGUAGCAGCUGCCACGGCUGCUGCCGCAGAUGUUCUACAGGAUGACGAAGAUGAUGAGGAUGAAAUAUUAAAUGAGAUAGAUGUAGAUGAUGCUGACGAUAUGGAAGAUGAAAUGUACGACCUUGUCGGAGAAUCAACACUUUCACGUCACCAACAUUCCCGAUCGCACCUUGCACGCCGUCAUCGAUCUGCACACCUUGUUUCUGACUUUGACGAUGACAUAAUGAGCGAUGAUGACCCUGUAGAUAGGGUUCAUACUGUACCUCCUACUGUUAGACCAGGGAUUAUUUCACACAGAUAUCAGGAAACCCAUUCACGACGGUUGCAACAAAUAAGUGAUAACAAAUACACGUCACAUCAUACUCGGCGGAGUUUCAGUAACCGCAACCAUCGUCACCACGACCCUGACUCUAUGAUAUAA